UCUUCCUGCUUCCUGUCCUCUGUCAAAACCCACACGAAAGCUCUCUCUCUCUCUCUCUCUUUUCUCUGAAACUAGGGUUUCUCGAUUCACCCUAUCCGCUUUCUUUCGUUACCAUAGUUUCAACUACAAGUGAAAGCAGCUACGGGUGUGAAAUGCUCGGGUAACGAAACGAUGCAGAAGAUUCUGUACAAGACUACAACCUGCUCAACCCCUGUUCUCUCUGCUCCGGUUACCUCCUUCGCCGGCAGUCUUAUCUCUACAAAACCCAUCGCCAUACCUAGUCUCCUCUCUCGAAGGUUUAAGACCUCCUUCAAAAACCCAUCUCUCUGUUCCACCCUCAUCCCUUUCUCUACCUCCACUAUGCCGACAACGACAUGCUCUGUUUCUACAAACGGUGCCGUUUUCUCCGGGAUUUUGCAGAAAGCCCGUGUCCGCAGAGCGGCAAAGGCGUCGUCUUUACGGUUCUCAACCUCUUACCGGUGCUCAAUCGACGGUAGGAUCAGUAGUAGGAGUCGAGCUUGGGCUGGUCAAAGUCGGUUGUUCCACUCCGAUUCUAACGGCGGUUUGAGCUCUGUUAAUGCUUCCGCUGCGGUGGUUAAGAGUGCUGGAGACGACUCUGACGAAGAAGAAGAUGAAAAGCCAGUAAGGAUGAGCCGUCGAAAUAGACGGAGCUCUAACGGAAGCUGUGACGGCAAUCCAGAUUUACUCAAGAUUCCUGGCGUGGGUCUGAGAAACCAGAGGAAGCUUGUUGAUAACGGUAUCGGAGAUGUCGCAGAGCUCAAGAAGCUCUACAAAGAUAAGUUCUGGAAGGCAAGCGACAAGAUGGUUGACUACCUUCGUAGCUCUGUUGGGAUUAUUCACAGGAACCACGCCGAGAGCAUCACAACGUUCAUCAAAGAAAGCGUAGACUCAGAGCUCAAGGACCCUAAUACGAACCCCAAGAAGCGUUUGACGUUCUGUGUUGAAGGGAACAUUAGCGUAGGCAAAUCAACUUUCCUCCAGAGGAUAGCGAACGAGACCAUCGAGCUGCGUGACCUUGUUGAGAUAGUUCCCGAGCCGGUUGAUAAGUGGCAAGACGUUGGACCUGACCACUUCAAUAUACUGGACGCUUUCUACUCAGAGCCGCAGAGGUACGCUUACACUUUCCAGAACUACGUGUUCGUCACGCGCCUGAUGCAGGAGAAAGAGUCUGCUUCUGGGGUUAAGCCUCUUAGGCUGAUGGAGAGGAGCGUCUUCAGUGACAGAAUGGUGUUUGUGCGAGCUGUUCAUGAGGCGAAGUGGAUGAACGAGAUGGAGAUAAGCAUCUACGACUCUUGGUUUGAUCCUGUGGUCUCUGCUUUGCCUGGGCUUGUUCCUGAUGGGUUUAUAUACUUGAGGGCGAGUCCAGACACUUGCCACAAGCGGAUGAUGCUGAGGAAACGAGCGGAAGAAGGUGGAGUCUCGCUGAAGUACCUCCAGGAUCUGCACGAGAAGCAUGAGAGCUGGCUCUUACCGUUUGAGAGUGGGAACCAUGGGGUACUCUCUGUUAGUAAACCGUCUUUACAGAUGGAUAACAACUCUCUGCAUCCGGAUAUAAAAGACCGUGUGUUUUACUUGGAAGGAAACCAUAUGCAUUCUAGCAUCCAGAGGGUCCCUGCUUUGGUUUUGGACUGUGAACCAAAUAUUGACUUCAGCAGAGAUAUUGAAGCAAAGAGACAGUAUGCACGCCAGGUUGCUGAGUUCUUUGAGUUUGUGAAGAAGAAGCAAGAGACAUCACAAGAGAAGGGCAACAGUCAGUCGCCGUUGCUGAUGCCUCCACAAAAAGGAGGUCUCUGGAUGGGACCAGAAGGGAAGCAUGUCCCGGGAUUAGAACUCGAGUCUCUUGAUUUCAGAAAGGCCAUGUCGCUCUUAACCAGACCGUCUGCAUAGAUAGACUGUCCACAGACGCUGUUUUUUUCUUUGCUCUUAAGGAGAAUCGUCCGAAUGUCAAUAGGUAUGUAUGGUCGGGUUUUGUUUCCCUCUUAGAUGUAGAAACAAUGGUUGGUUUGUUUGGUUAGUUAUAACCCUUUUGUGUAGAGAAGCUUGAUGUCUGGAUACUUAUAUUAGAUGUUGUUUCUUGAAAUUUUUGAUGGUCUGAAACUUCAGUUUU